AUGUCAUGUAUCCAGUGUGGCAACACCCCUACCGUGCUGGGGGAGUACUGCCUAGAAUGUGUCCGAUCUGUUAAAGUCAAGCAACAACCUGCUUUCCAGCCCACCAUUUCACCAACCCCUACCAGUGAUUCAGUCACCGAAGCUAUGAGAAUCAAGAGGGAAGAGGCCAUCAACCUGGCCCGAGGUUUAUAUGGUAUACCAACCCCAUCUGCUGGAUCCCUUUCUGUCCCCAGCUCUAUGAAGCCACCACCACCACCACCGGUUCACAGUAAUCUGGUGCUGCCACAGAACCCCGAUUUUCCCUAUGCCUCUGCCAGAGCACAAAGGAAUUCAGCCUGCAAGCCAUAUUCAACCACCCGUCCAAGGCUAGUGAUCAAGCAAUCUGCCUCUGGCAAAGGAGCCAUCCCACUCGAGAAUCCUCCCUACCGGGUCUCUGUCCAAUGUGGAUUCGAGGUGAGACACAAGAACAAAUGGGUCUCCAACCAGGCGCCAAUGCGUGUGGCUACCUGGAUUUUCCCUGGCGACCCCAACGCACAUCAAGCCUUACUUCUCGAGCUCACAAAAAGACACGAGGGGAAAAUGCAGCUCCAGAUCAAAAACUACGAUGGUCGGCUAUUUUUUUCUGAGAAGCACUUCCCAUUCUGCCGCCUUGGUACACGAAAAGGAUCAGUCAUCGACCAGGAGGGAUUCAUUCAAUUCCUCAAGGAAAACAAGGCAAUAGAUCUACUCUUGGAAUACGAUGAGUUUGAAGACCACAAAGAAGAUGAAGAAGAGGCAUGUGGCAUGGAGACCCAGUCUAGGCAAUAUGCCCUACGAUCAGCCACCUCUGCUUCCUUCAACAGCCGGGCAAACACACCUUCAGUUGGGUCCACCUUGGCGAUAUCAAACGAUCGAGAAGACUCAACUUUCUCACUUCCAACCAUUACCACCAAACCUCCGGUCAUAACCCGAGAGAACUCGCCUGAUAUUGUGUCACCCCCAUGGUUGGCACCAGCAAUUCUUGACCUGAAGGAUCUUUCUUGGGACCGGUUUGGAACUCCGGAGCACUCGAGCACCUUUCGUGGCCAUGACGAUACUGGCUGGGCCAAUGGACUUCGUAGUCAACUUGAUCCCGAUGGUCUAUACAUCACCUUGAGGAUCUGCUCAUACCGUGUGCACUACAACCAGGUCGUCAGAAUAAAGGAUACCAGCAAAAUAAUCCAUGCUGAGAUACUGGACUCCGGGGUGAUCUAUCCCAUGGUAGCUGAAUACACGUUGGUUCGGAAAAAUCUCCGCCAAGCAAAUGAAUCGUAUGAGACGGAGCCCAACUACGCCAUGAGGACUUAUGCGGUUUCUUGGCAGUUCAUGGCCCUUUUCUGCAAAGUGAUUGGGUCAUCCAAGGCCUCCUCAGAUGAAAGACAAUUGGCCUCGACCCUACGAAUAAUUGACGGGUUCCCAGUUCACGACGAUGUCGAAUGUGGAAAAACCAACGAAUGUUUUGAUUACUUCCAGGAGAAUGACAUGAUUGAUGGACCUGGUUCAGGGGAUGGUAAUGGUAAUAAUACGUCCAACAUCAAGGAACCUUUGGAUAAUGAAAAACCUCGCCGGGUAUUCUUCUUCCAGGAAAAAAUCAAGGGAUAUCGCACUCUCUUGCCGCCUAUGGCCAAUGACUAUGGGAUCUCGAAUGCCUCCAGCCCGAUUGACAAGAUCUUGCAUGCCUUUCAACACUGGGUAUAUGUAUCGACCAAGGGCCAGAUGAUCAUAACCAAUCUCAAAGGAAAUCCUCCAUUGAUCACCAAGCCAAAGGUCAUCGAUGUCAAUCCCAGGUCUUAUUGGUAUCAAUGCCAAGAUACAAAAGCGAUGAUGGCCCAUUUCCUCAAGAAGCACACAUGCACGAACUUAUGCCAAGUGUUGGGCCUUCCACCAUUGGUAGAAAUUGUGUGGACCCCAACAGCCAAGUCCUUAAGGCCGCAUCAAGAAUACGACCUCAAUAACAUCAAUCACAACUCAGCCCGGCCCCAAAUGACUAGUGAUCAGUUGGAUCUCCUUGCGGUAGUCAGACAGGGUCAGAAAGCCCUUGUGUCCAAAUUAUUCUAG